CGUGAUUGCCAGCCGUCUGGGCAAAAUUUCAAACAAGAAUGGCAGCAGUUCUCACUUCACCUAUGGAAGUUCCUUUAUCUCCUGCUGGCUGGUCGCCUGUGCCGUCGACCUCCAGAACCAUCUCCGUGCCUAAGCCUCGGGUGCUUUUGCCAGUUGGCCAUGGGUAUUAUGCGCAUGCUCGGAGAACCGUGCACCGGCGCACACUUGACCAAGAUUUGGAUGAGCAGGAGGCGGAAAGACUCAAGAAUGAGAGCUCGAAAGCCAACGGGCUAGAAAUUGAAGAUGACCUCGGCGUGGGAGACGAGCCCGAGUCCCGAGACUUACUUGCUCUUGAUGCCAAGGAGUGGAAGCGUCAAGACCAUUACGCCGUUCUUGGUCUUUCCAAGUUCCGAUAUGCAGCGACUCCAGAUCAGAUUAAGAUAGCUCAUCGCAAGAAAGUGCUGAAGCAUCAUCCAGACAAGAAAGCGGGGGAGGGUGACUCAGAUAAUGACCAAUUCUUCAAAUGCAUACAAAAGGCCAUGGAGAUUCUCAGCAACCCCGAAAAACGGCGCCAAUUUGACUCGGUAGAUCCAUACUAUCUCCAAUUGGAAGAAGACGUGGACCACAACGAACUUUCCAAACUCUCCAAAACUCCCGAAGGUUUCUUCAAGGCUUUUAGGCCCACCUUCGAACGAGAAGCACACUUCUCAAAGCAAACACCCGUCCCAUUGCUUGGCACCCUGGAUGAUUCCAAGGCUCAGGUCGAGGGAUUCUACAACUUCUGGUACAACUUUGACUCUUGGCGGAGCUUCGAGUAUCUGGAUAAGGAAGUUAAUGAAGGAAGUGACAGUCGUGAUGAUAAAAGAUACACCGAGAAGAAGAACAGGACCGAGCGGGCUCGCCGCAAAAAAGAAGACAAUACGCGAUUGCGUUCUUUGGUUGAUUUAGCUCUAACUCUUGACCCCCGGAUCAAACGAAUCAAGCUAGAGGAAAAGGAGGCACGCGAUCGCAAGAAGAGCAAAGGCAAUAUCAAUCCAUUGGCAAGGAAGGAAGAUGAGGAGCGUCUGAGGAGAGAGGCUGAGGCUGAGGCGCAAGCGAGUGCAAAAGCGGAGGUGGAGGCCGCGGAGGCCGUGGCUAGAGCCGAGGCUAAAAAGGCGAAGCAAGCGGCUGCAAAUGCAGCAAAGAAAGCAAGACGUGUGGAGAGAGCAGCUGCAAAUAUCAUGAAUGCUCCACCCACUUCCCAAGACUGACAAAACACACCUUCAUCUUUUCACUACAAAAAUUGAUUCUUGGAAUUGCAUUGUGAAGAUAGUACAAUAAAUCAAUUACAUUUCCAUUUCUUUUAUC